AGCAAGACCUCAAGCAGUUUUCUUGCACACCGGAAAAUUCACAGCGGAUAUGGCGAUUGGCGAGUACCUACUCGGCAGCACUUGACUUUCUCAUUCUUAUAUUCUUCCAUAACUCCAAUCACCUUUCACCAUAAAUGCUAUGCUCAUUCACAAUUUGAACAGUGGAGUAUCUCACUUUUCAACAUGAGCGAUCCACAGGCCAAAGCAAUCGACUUCCAUCACCCUUUCACUCCCUACGAUGUCCAACUCCAAUUUAUGCGCACUGUCUACGAUGUCCUCGAAAAAGGAAAUGGCCAAAUCGGAAUAUUGGAAAGUCCAACCGGCACUGGGAAAUCUCUCUCUUUAAUUUGCUCGGCUCUCACCUGGUUACGCACCCACAAACGCAGCAAAUAUGAAGCCUCCUUCGAGGCGACAGCCUCUGCGAUGACCGGCGAGCCAGACUGGAUGGUCGACAAUGCCCUGCGGAGGAAGAGGGAAGAGCUAGCUCGCAAGUGGGAGGAGAGGGAAAAGGCGAUGGAAAGAGUGCGCCAGAGAGAAAAGGAAAUGGAAGAGCGGGCGAUGGAGAGGGGCAGAAAGAGGAUCCGAGUUGAUGACGAGAAGGUCAAGAGCGAGGUGAACGAGGAGAGGGAGUUUCUGAUUACAGGCUGGGAGAGUGUUGAGGUGGACGAUGGGGAUUCCUUGGGGCAGUUGAGCAAAGAAACCAGGGCACUGAUGGAAAAGGUUGGUCUUGGGGGCGGAGUGAGGAGGAGCGAGGAGGAGGCGGGGGUGGAGGAAGAAGUCAAGAUAUACUACACUUCUCGGACUCACUCGCAGCUGACUCAGUUCAUUGCGGAACUGCGACGCCCGGCUUUCCCACCUUCUUUACCAGACAAGAUGGUUUCGCGCGAAGGAGAUGGGAAAGAGUCUGCCACAGAAAUUGUCAAGCAGUUACCUCUGUCAUCGAGGCAGAAGCUGUGCGUCAACCCCUCGGUUGCGCGUCUGGGAUCCCUGGCCGCGAUCAAUGACCGAUGUACAGAAUUGCAGCAGUCAAAAGAGAAGUGCCCCUUUAUGCCCAACCCUGAAAACCAGAAGCAGACACAUCAGUUUCGAGACACAGUCCUAGCAACAGUGCCCGAUAUCGAAGACAUGUACAGGGUAGGCAAGGAACUCCAGAUAUGCCCUUACUAUGCGUCGCGGACGGCGAUUCCAGGGGCCGAAGUCAUUACUCUUCCUUACCCAUUACUUCUCCAGAGGAGCGCGAGAGAGGCGCUCGGCAUAAACCUGGAAGGGAACGUUGUUAUUAUCGACGAGGCACACAACAUCAUGGAUGCUGUCGCAAAUGUACAUUCCGCGGAGAUCCGCUUGAGCCAACUUAAAAAAGCUAGACAGGUGUUGGGUAUGUACGUGAAGCGGUUCGGCAAGAAGCUGAAGGGGGAAAACCGCGUCAUGAUAGCUCAAGUAGGGAGGGUUGUGGAGUCUUUAAGUGAGUGGCUAGACACAGCGCUCAAGGAAAAGGGCGACCAAGGCAUUGCCGAUUCCAAUAUGCUUCUCAAGGGCCGAGGGGCGGAUCAAAUCAACUUGUAUCAGUUGGUCAGAUACAUUCAGGAAUCCAAAUUGGCUUACAAAGUCGAGGGUUAUGCAAGCCACAUACAAGCGGCAGCGGAGGAGCCCACGACGCCUCAGCAAACAAGCUCAUCAUCACCGGUUCUCCACACGCUUGUCUCAUUUCUCAUUGCGCUCACAAACCUGAGCUCCGAGGGCCGGAUCUUCUACGAGAAGCUCUCUUCAGUCCCUCCCGACAUCAAACUCUCGUACCUUCUAUUAUCCCCCACGCACGCCUUCUCGUCCAUCGCCUCAUCAGCCAGGACCAUCAUCCUAGCUGGAGGCACCAUGUCUCCAUUCGAUGACUACAAAGCCCACCUCUUCCCGACGCUCCCACCGAGCAAAAUCACAACCCUCAGCUGCGGACACGUCAUUCCCGCAUCGAACCUUUUCGUUUGGGCCUUGGCCUCGACACGGCCUAUCCGUUCUAGCAGCGGUAAUUCCGCUGCCGCCCUACCACAAGAUGCCUUUGAGUUUAGCUUCCAGAAGCGCAGCGACCGCGCCAUGAUCCGCCAACUCGGCCUCGCGCUUCUCAACAUCUGCUCCGUCGUGCCCGACGGCGUGGUCGUCUUCUUCCCCAGCUACGGGUAUCUGGACGAAGUUGUCUCGGCAUGGCAGGCUGCCGAGCAGCAACCCACUGCAGGCGGUGCACAGACUCUGUGGAACAGGCUGGCGGCGAAGAAAUCCCUUUUCUACGAAACCAGGGGAGGAUCCAGCGACGAGAUCCUGCAAAACUACUCGCAGGCUAUCUUAUCACCCCCUCCUGGGACAACUUCUGCAGCCGGUGGGCGUGGUGCGCUCCUCCUCAGCGUGGUCGGCGGGAAGUUGUCCGAGGGCAUCAACUUCUCGGACCGGCUUGGGCGGUGCGUGCUCGUUGUGGGGCUGCCAUAUCCAAACAUCAACUCGCCCGAAUGGAAGGCAAGGGUGGAGUACAUUGAGAGCGCCACACUGGCUAGGCUUCGGGACGGGGCUGGGGAGAGUGAAAGUGUGGGCAAAGAAGAGGCGAUGGCGUUGGCGAAACAGGCAGCGAGGGAUUUCUACGAGAAUGCGUGCAUGCGGGCGGUCAACCAGAGUAUUGGCCGCGCGAUCCGGCAUCGGGGGGAUUAUGCUGCCGUGGUGUUGGUUGACAGGAGGUUUGGCACGCAAAGGAUUCAGGAGAAGCUGCCUGGGUGGAUCAAGGGCGGUCUGGUUGAGGGAUCGGAUAAGAAGGGGCUGCAGGGUCUGAUGGGGGGAUUGAGUGGCUUCUUCAAGGGAAAGAGGGGGUAGUUGAGGGAAUGAAGGCGACAUGCAUGGUUUGUGGGGGCUUGGUCUUGACCCUGGUGUUAGGAAUACCAGACUCUCCCUGUGUUGAUAUUCUGGAAAUCCGCUGGAUAACCUUGAGCACAGACAACUUUCUUCGGCAUCAACAUACCCGGACCAAGGGUGAAACCAAGGACUAGUCGUCAUUAAAGGGGUGAAGACCUACGAAGAACUUCGAGGAGGGUGUUACCAAUCGCUCGCCGGAUGCGCUUCGGUGUGCCAGAGUAUGACGCACCAACCUGAAUGGGACUCCCAGCCCUCCUGCUGACAGGCAGCAGCGCCAUGCCCAACCGCUCACCGGUUCUUGGUUCGAUAGGCUGGAAAUUCCUGACCACUGCG